AGUGAUUGAUCGGUGCAGAUUCAUCAGCUAGCGUCUUAAGAGAGGGGGACUGCGCGCGAGAGAUGGCGGAUCGGCUCACGCGUAUCGCUAUAGUGAGCUCCGACAGGUGCAAGCCCAAGAAGUGCCGCCAGGAAUGCAAGAAGAGCUGCCCCGUCGUCAAAACCGGUAAGCUGUGUAUUGAGGUUACUCCUCAGUCAAGGAUCGCAUUCAUUUCUGAAGAAUUGUGCAUAGGAUGUGGUAUAUGUGUUAAGAAAUGUCCCUUUGAGGCAAUUCAGAUAAUAAACUUGCCAAAAGAUUUGGAUAAAGAUACUACUCAUCGAUAUGGACCAAACACAUUUAAGUUGCACAGGUUGCCAGUCCCGCGGCCAGGCCAGGUUCUCGGUUUGGUUGGAACAAAUGGGAUUGGAAAGUCUACUGCUCUUAAAAUCUUAGCUGGAAGACUAAAGCCAAACUUGGGUCGCUUUGAGAAUCCUCCCGAUUGGCAGGAAAUUUUGACAUACUUCCGUGGGUCUGAAUUGCAAAAUUAUUUCACCAGGAUUUUGGAGGAUAAUUUGAAGGCUAUUAUAAAGCCCCAAUAUGUCGAUCAUAUUCCAAAGGCUGUUCAAGGCAAUGUGGGACAGGUGCUUGACCAAAAGGAUGAAAGGGAUAUGAAAGAGGAACUCUGUGUUGACCUUGAAUUGAAUCAGGUUAAAGAUCGGAAUGUUGGGGAUUUAUCAGGUGGGGAGCUCCAGAGGUUUGCCAUUGCUGUCGUUGCGAUACAAAGUGCUGAAAUAUAUAUGUUCGAUGAACCUUCAAGUUAUCUUGAUGUGAAACAGAGGCUCAAAGCGGCCCAAGUUGUGCGAUCUUUGCUUAGGCCUAACAGCUAUGUAAUCGUUGUGGAGCAUGACCUCAGCGUCCUCGAUUACUUAUCAGACUUUAUUUGCUGUUUAUAUGGGAAACCUGGUGCAUAUGGAGUUGUAACCCUUCCCUUCUCCGUUAGAGAAGGAAUAAAUAUCUUCCUAGCUGGAUUUGUUCCCACUGAGAAUCUGCGGUUCCGUGACGAGUCUCUUACUUUCAAGGUUGCUGAGACUCCACAGGAACCCACUGAGGAUGUCGAGACUUAUGCACGGUACAAAUACCCCACUAUGACAAAAAUUCAGGGAAACUUCAAGCUAAAGGUCAUAGAGGGUGAAUUUACUGACUCACAGAUUAUAGUGAUGCUGGGGGAGAAUGGUACUGGAAAGACCACUUUUAUUAGAAUGCUGGCUGGUUUGCUGAAACCUGACAGCGUUGAAGACGACGAUGUGGAGAUACCUGAAUUCAACGUCUCUUACAAGCCUCAGAAGAUCAGUCCCAAAUUUCCAGCUUCUGUUAGACAUUUGCUGCACCAAAAAAUACGGGAUUCUUAUAUGCAUCCUCAGUUUGUAUCAGAUGUAAUGAAACCUCUUCUCAUUGAACAACUGAUGGAUCAAGAAGUCGUGAAUCUGUCUGGUGGAGAGUUGCAAAGAGUUGCAUUAUGUCUCUGUCUUGGAAAGCCAGCAGACAUUUACCUAAUAGAUGAGCCAAGUGCAUAUCUGGACUCCGAGCAGCGUAUUGUUGCUUCGAAAGUUAUCAAGAGAUUCAUCCUCCAUGCAAAGAAGACUGCUUUUGUGGUUGAGCACGAUUUCAUUAUGGCAUCUUAUUUGGCUGAUAGAGUGAUAGUGUACGAGGGGAGGCCUUCUGUGGAUUGUAUUGCCAAUUCUCCUCAGUCAUUGUUGACCGGGAUGAAUCUUUUCUUAUCUCAUUUGGAUAUAACUUUCAGACGGGACCCAACUAAUUAUCGUCCAAGGAUCAAUAAAUUAGACUCCACCAAGGAUAGGGAGCAGAAAUCGGCUGGAUCCUACUAUUACUUGGAUGAUUAAUAUCCCUGUUGGCAGUUUUGGGUUGUUUGAAGCUUGAAGGGCUCAUGAAGGCGAUGUGGCAGUGCCGGACUAACAAUGGAAACCACAGUGCCAUCCAAGAGUUGAUGCCUGUUCUCUCGAACAGCCUGCGAGAGCCCUUCAAGGACGCAGCUUCAAUACAGUUUACCCUUCAAUAUGCCCUUCUGCGUCCACCAUUUUUGUUUCUGUUGUCUGAUGAUAUAGCUUAAAAAAAUGCAACUUGGUUUUAUCAUUACCUGUUGCAUUAUAUUAUUUGCUUGGUGUUUGAAAUUUGUAGAGGAACAGGGAAAGAUGUGAAUCUGAGUAACAGAGGGUACGUGCCUGUUUGUUUUGCAAGUGCUUCUACUUUGCACUACUUGGUUGACACCCAAGAAUGCCGGUUCUCGCUACAGAAAUAUACUGCACCUAUUAGAUGUUUUUGGACUUGUA